GUGCCGGGGGGGGUGACACCCCUCUCGCCCCUCUCUGCAGCCGCUCCCGCCGCCCCGAUGUCCCCGAUGUCCCCCGUGGCGGGGGGGGCCGCCCCCCGCCUGCUGCUGGCCCUGCUCUGCCUGGCCCCCCCCGCCGCCGCCCCCCCGCCCCCCAGCAGCCCCCCCGGGACUGCCCCGGGCCCUCCCGCGCCCCACAGCGACUCCCCCGUCCUCUCCCUCAACCUCGGCCUCAACUUCAAGAUCAAGGUGCGAAGCCAGGGGGGGCCGCGCCCUCCCACGCCCCCGGGGGCCCCCAAGAUUCCGGGGUCCCCCCGGACCCCCGCGCCCCCCACCCUGCCCGACCCCGGCGAUGAGCAGGGCUCCGCGACCGCCCUGGAAGAAGCGGGGGGCUGGGGGGGCCCCCCUGGCCGGGGGGGUACGACCCCCGCCCCGGGGCGCCCCCGGGACAAGCAGCUGGAGCUGGACAUCGCCAUCGACCUGACGGCGGGGCUGGACCCCCCCGCGGCGCGGGCCGUGCGCCCCACGAGCCUCCUGGGGGGCCCCCCCGGCCCCCCCCGGCUCCUGCCCGGGCUCUCGGAGCUGGCCGGGAGGCUCAGCGCCGCCGGGUUCCUGUUUCCCACGGUGUCCCCCAAGAUCGGCCCCGAGGGGGACAACGGGUCCCUGGAGCUGGAGGAGCCCGCGAGUGGCGACGAGCCAGCCCUCCCCCGGGGCCGCCAGUCCUCCCGGGGGGCCGCGCCCCCCCCCGCCGCCGCCUCCGCCUGCACCCCCGGAUCCGCCUGCGGCUCGGGGGGGCCGGACCCCCAGAGCCCCCCCGCGCCCGCCUUCUCCUGGCCCCCCCACUUCAUCCCCCUGGACACCCCCUGGCCCGAGGCCGCCGCGCUCUGGGGCGCGGCCUGGGGGGGGCACGUCUACGGGGCGGGGGCCGCCUUCACCUUACUGGGCUUACUGGGCGUACUGGCUCUGCUGGGGGGGCGCCGGCCCCCCCUGGCGCGGGUCCUGGGGGGUCUCCUGGCGGUGUCGGGGUUCGCCCGCGCCUUCCCCCUGUUCUUCGACCCCUACGAGGUGGGGGGGCGGCUGCCCCCCCCCGCCGCGCGGCUCCUCUUCGAGCUGCCCUACCCGUGCCUGGGCUGGGGGCUGGCGCUCGCCCCCCCCGCCAGGGCCGUGCCCGUGCUGGGGGUCCUGGCGGUGCUGCACCUGGCGGGGGCCCUGGGGGCGGUGGGCGCCGUGGCGGCUCUGGGGGGGCCCCCGGCGCUGCUGCUGCUGCCGCGGGCGCUGUUCGGGGCUCUGGCGGCCGCGCUGGCUCUGGGGGCUCUGGGGGGGCUGCGGCGCUGCGGGGGGGGCCGCGGGAAGCGGGGGGGGGCGCGGACGGGGGUCCCGCGGCCGGUGGGGGCGGCGGGCGCCGCGCUGAGCGCGGGGCUGCAGCUCUUCGGGGCGCUGCAGGUCUGGGGGUGGGGGGUGACCCCCCCCCCGGGGCCCUGGGCCUGGUGGGGACUCCAGCUCGGGGGUCGCCUGGCCGAGAUCGCCAUGGGGGCGGCGCUGGCGGCCUUGGCGCUCGUGGCCCCCCCGAACCGCCGCGGCACCGCCGGGGACCCCCCGGAGCCCCCCGAGGGCGGCGGGCGGGGGGGGGAGGAGGCGGGAGGACCCCCCGAGUCCCCCUUCGAGUGUGACGGGGACCCCACGGCCGGGUACCGCCCCCCCUCCCCCAUCGACCUGCGCCGCUCCAUCGACGAGGCCUUGGGAGCGCCGGGAAUGUUCCGCGUCGGGAACGGCGGGAUCGGGGGCGCCGGGAGCACCGGGAGCACCGGGAACACCGGCGGCAGCGUUAUCAGGAGCACCGGGAACGCCGGGAAGGCCAAGAACAACGGGAUCAGCAUCAUCGGCAGCUCUGGGAAAACUGGGAGCAAUGGGAGCACCGGGAUCAGCGUCAUCAGCACCACUGGGAACACCGGGAACACCGGGAACACCGGGAACACCGGCACCAGCACAACAGUCUGGAACACCAGGAACUGCCACAGCUGGAACACUGGGAACCACCACAACUGGAACACCAGGAACUGCCACAGCCGGAACACCAAGAACCGCCAGCACUGGAACACCAGGAAUCACUCCUGCUGGAACUGCCGGGACCGGCAGCACCAGCACCGAGGGGGGUGA